CUCUCUCUCUCUGUGCGUCCAAACCCAGAAAGCGAAAACAUCCAACUUUUUGCUGUCGACUUCUCAAUAAUAUAUCACAGCUAAGAAAACCCAUUUUAAGCUUUGAAUAUCCGUUUCCCAGAUCAGAUUUUGGUUCUUGAGCGUCGAGAAAAUGAAGGGAAUUAUGAAGGGAAAGUUACUAAAGAAGCUCAAAUCGAUUCGACCCAUUGGGUAUCUGAAACCAGAUCGAAUUCUUCAAGUAUAUGCAGCGCCAGAUGGGAAUGUUGAGUCUCAUCCGGAGAAUCCAAGCCUCAAGGCUCAGACCGAGUUGAUUUGCAAAGAAAUGGGGCCAAAGAAGGUCGUACAGAGCGGUCUGGUAGUGGAAGAGCCUGAAGUUGUCGAUGUGGCGGAGCUUAUGAGAGACCUCGAAGAUGAAGAUAUGGAUUUUGACGAAGAUAUCGAAAACAAAGAGAACAUCGGCCCACCAAAAUCUGAGAAUUCGCUGAAAUCGGAGCCCGAAUUUCGGCAGAACAGAGCAUCGGAAGCAUCGGAAUCUAGGCCUAGUGAUUGUAGACAAAAACCUUUGUCGGAGAUUGACAUCUCGUCUUUUCGGCGGCCGGAAUUGAACUCCGGAAGCCUCUUCGACCCGAACCUACUCGCCGCCUUUGAGCAAGCGGUGAAAGAGCAUAUGCGAAUCAGUGAAGCAGAGAGAAGAGGCAGAACAGAGCAAGAGAGCCUUGAACAGAAUGAGGAAGAAGAGCCGCCAUCGAAAGCACGUCGCGUUGAGGACGACCUCGAUGAAGAAAACCCUCUCUUCGCCUUCGAAGAGAAGUGCCCGCCGGGAGGCACCGACGCGGUAAUCCUCUACACGACGACGCUGCGAGGGAUAAGGAAGACGUUCGAGGAGUGUAAUAGCAUUCGCUUUCUUUUGGAGAGUUUUCGGGUGCUUUUUUUCGAGAGGGACGUGUCGAUGCACAUGGAGUUCAAGGACGAGUUGUGGAGGGUUUUAGAUGGAACAGUAAAACCACUUCCGCCGAGGCUUUUCAUAAAGGGGAGAUACAUCGGCGGAGCGGAAGAGGUUUUGGUGCUACACGAGCAAGGGAAGCUCAGGCCGCUCUUUCAAGGAAUUCCAAUAAAUCAGUCCGAUACUGCCUGCCAAGGGUGUGCCGGAUUUCGGUUUGUGCUCUGUUUCAACUGCAAUGGAAGCCACAGAGUGGUUGCCGAUGAUGGAAAGUCCAAUAAGUGCGAGGUGUGCAAUGAGAAUGGGUUAAUUAUAUGCCCCUACUGCUGCUGAAAACAGCAUCAAAGACUCUUAUUUCUUGUGUACUUAUUACAAUUGAGUUCUUUUCUUACUUCAUUUUUGUAAUUUCUUUUUCUUUGGGUUGUCAUGAACAUUCUUUACAUUCUUUUGUGAUGCUUGGAGCUUUGGAAUAUAAUAUAUAUACAUAUGAACAUUCUUUGUUUGCAUGUGCUAA